AUGUCUAGCUUUAUGCCACAAGUAGUUUUAGCUCUAUUAGUUGGCCUACUUGCUUUGAAUCCAUGCAUUGUUCACUCGUUCGACUACGGAGAUGCCCUCGACAAGACUCUACUGUUCUUCGAGGCCCAAAGGUCCGGCAAACUACCAGUGACCCAACGUGUAAAGUGGCGUGGUGACUCGGGCCUUCACGAUGGAUAUGCUCAAGGGGUGAACUUGGUCGGUGGAUACUAUGAUGCCGGUGACCAUGUGAAAUUCGGGCUUCCGAUGGCUUUUACGGUCACAAUGUUGUCGUGGGCCGCUGUCGAUUUCAAGAACGACUUAAUCAGUCUAAAGCAAUUUGGACACACUCUCGAAGCAAUCAAAUGGGGCACUGAUUAUUUCAUAAAAGCAAAUCCUCAGCCUUAUGUCUUCUGGGCACAGGUGGGAGAUGGAGGGUCGGAUCAUUAUUGUUGGGAACGUGCAGAAGAUAUGACAACAUCAAGAACCGCUUACAAACUCGACCUGGAAAAUCCCGGAUCGGAUCUUGCCGGAGAAACUGCUGCCGCCUUAGCGGCAGCCUCGAUUGCUUUUGAGCCGUUCGAUUCUGCAUACUCUAAUCUUCUACUAGAUCAUGCUAAACAGCUUUUCUCAUUUGCAAAUAGAUUCAGGGGACUCUUCAUCGACUCGAUCGGGAAUGCCAGGCAGUUCUAUACAUCAUCUGGUUACAAUGAUGAACUAUUAUGGGCUGCUACAUGGCUUCACAGAGCUACAAAUGAAGAGUAUUACUUGAAAUAUGUUGUGGACAAUAGUGUCUCAUUGGGUGGCACUGGCUGGGCUGUUAAACAGUUCUCUUGGGACAAUAAAUAUGCUGGAGUUCAAAUUCUACUCACAAAGGUUUUGCUAGAUGGAGCUGGUGGAAAAUACACCUCCACCCUAGAACAGUAUCGAGCCAAGGCCGAUUAUUUUACGUGCGCAUGUCUGCAAAAGAACGCUGGCUACAACGUGCACAUGACUCCCGGUGGGCUUGUGUAUUUACAAGAAUGGAACAAUAUGCAAUACCCUGCCUCAGCUGCAUUUCUUCUUGCUGUCUACUCUGAUUAUCUCUACAAAUCCAAACAAAAUGUGGUCAAAUGUCCAGAUGGUCAGCUCCAAUCACAAGACCUCAUCAACUUUGCAAAAUCACAAGCUGAUUACAUUCUUGGAAAGAACCCGAAAUCGAUAAGCUAUUUGGUGGGUUAUGGACAAAACUAUCCAAUCCAUGUCCAUCAUAGAGGAGCUUCAAUCACAUCAAUCUCCCUUCUUCAAUCUUCGGUUGGUUGUGUUGAGGGAUUUGAGGUAUGGUAUAAAAGGCCCAAUCCCAAUCCAAAUGUGGUGUAUGGAGCAUUAGUCGGAGGCCCAAAUGCCAACGAUGAGUUCUCGGACGAUAGGUCUAAUUACGAACAAACCGAGCCCACUUUAUCCGGCACUGCUCCUUUACUUGGGCUUUUUGCAAGAUUGCACAGCCUGCCUGGAAAUUCUGCAGUUGUCCCUAUUGAAUUCAUCCACACCAUAACCAACUCGUGGACCGUAGGCAAAGAAGGCUUUUAUCGGCACAAAGUCGUAAUCAAGAACGUCUCGAAUAAACCCAUUGUGGAGUUGAAGUUGUACUUGGAAAAUUUAACUGGGUCAUUGUGGGGUCUAAACCCAACACAAGAGAAGAACACUUAUGAACUUCCUACAUGGCUUAAAGUGCUUGAGCCUGGCAAAGAAUGCACUUUUGUAUACAUUCAAGGUGGUACUCAGGCCAAAAUUUCGGUACAAAGCUACCAUUGA